UGCUCGAAAACUAUGUUUGUCCGCGCUUUGGCUACCGAGUGCCAAUUACCUUUGAUUGCUGUGCAGGCGUCACGCAUUUUCGGACGAUAUGUCGGUGAUAGCGAACGUAAUAUGCGUCGGAUUCUCGUGCAGGCACGUGCAUCAGCCCCUGCAAUCCUGUUCAUCGACGAGAUAGAUCUACUUCUGCCUUCUCGUAGUUCCAGUGAAACUGGUGCAAGUGAGCAUGUUUUGGGGGAGGUGCUGACUGCGAUGGACGGUGUGGAGGGUCAGUCAGGUCAAAUCAUUCUCAUCGCGGCUACCAAUCGCAUGGAUAAAUUAGAUUCCGCUCUCAGUCGUGCCGGUCGUUUUGAUUUGGUGAUUGAGGUUCCACCACCUGAUGCGGAUGCACGACUAUCUAUCCUGUGUCUUGAAUUGUCCCGUAAAGCAACUGAUCCGUCAUUGCAAAAAUCUGCACAUUGGUUACAAUCCUUUGCCACCAAGCAGUUAGCCGGCUACACCGGAGCCGAGGUCGUACAGGUUGUGCAACAAGCUGCCCAGUUAGCCCGUGAUGCCAACCGAAAUCAGAUAGAACGUGCACAUCUGAGUGAGGCCCAUCGGCGUUGUCCACCGCGAUCUCUGCGAACUUUUAAGCAGUCUAAAUUUGACAGCACUACCACUGUUGUUCCGAGAAGCAGCGAAGGUGUGAAUCCCCGUUUCUCUAUGAAAAAAGAUAUGGUUCUUAUGCUACUGUUUCCAUUCCUGCUCGCACUGAUUGUUUCCAUUAUUUUGGCCUCUGUGCGGAACCGUUGGUUCGAAUCACUAUAUGAAAAAAUUGGACAUCCAUUUUGA